AUGAUGGAAGCUGAUGAUCACUUGUUUGCCCUCGCAUCAGAAAAACACGCUAUCUUUGAUCUUUCUUCAGUAAGUUUUGAGUUGGCAGUGCAACAUGCGAUCCAAGGGUCGGGAAUGAUUAUAGCUGGCCCAGACCACGGACUAGCUAUUUUCGUGCACUGUCGGACUACUUUUGCCAAAGUUUCAGCACCUGAGGGAAAAGUCGGUGAAAAUCCCGCUCUCUCUGGAUGA